AUGACUAGAAAAAGUGCAUCGGUAGCGUCGUCGCCGUCGAGUUCCUUUGAUACUGGAAGUUCAACAGCUCGAUAUGUAUGUUCGAUGUGUUCAAAAGUCUAUCGAUCAGGUGCUGGCUUACGUUAUCAUAAACGCAAACGACAUCGUGGCAUGGUAGAACCAACGGCACUUCAUCGUGUCAAAUGCCAAGAAUUCGACUGUGGAUAUCAGAUGUUAGCUAUCUCUGAUCUUCGCAAUCAUCUUGCUAAUCAUCAUCAAAAACCUGAAUACAAAUGUACAGAAGAGAAAAAAUUCACCAGUCUUGCAGAUUUUACUGAUUGGAAAAUUUCCUUUGAAACGAGUACCGGCUCGAAGUAUGUGAAAAACUGUGGUGCCAAAGGAAAAUCUGAUAAUCAGACAACGGAAUACUACUAUUGUAACCGAACAGGACCUUAUGGUCAAGGUCUACGUCGGAAUAAAGUUCAAGGUUCAUUACGUGGUGGAAUUCAUUGUACAUCAUCGAUGAAAGUGGAAAUACAAAAUGACGAGCAUAUCACUGUUCAAUAUUAUCCUGCUCACUAUGGACAUUCGAAUUUACCUGUAUCUGAUGAUCCACAUUUAUCUGAAAAUAGUAUGACUAUCACCGGUGCUAAUCUCCAUCACCACCACCAUCAACAGCAGCAACAACAACAACAACAACAACAACCAGAUAAUUCUCACCAUGGUGGUGACCGUUCAUCGUCAUCAUCGCCUGGUUCUGCUUCCACCAGUCCGUCUGGAGGUUCGAAUUCGAACUCGAAUCAUCCACCACCCAUUGUCGAACGACAAUCGAUUACAACGGCGAAUCCCUUCGCGAAAAAUAUAAACUAUAAUGUUAACAAUAACAUUAAUCAUAACUGUAAUACGAAUGCGUCGAAUUCCACAACCAAUCAUCACUAUCAACAUAACAAUAAUUCCAUUCAAAACCAAAUGUCUCAUUGUAUUAUAAUAUCUCCAUCGUUUAUGGUGGAAGAGAAUUCUUCAAUACAUUCAAAUCACCAUCAUCCUANCAAUGAUUCCGAAUGA